AUGCCCCGCUUUAAUCGACGGGAGCAGCUCCCGCUCCAUAUCAAGCGCGCUAUUUGCGCGCACCACGUCGACAACCCCCGCCUGCGUCAUGUUGACCUGGCGAUGUGGUGUUACUCGCAGUACAGAUUGCGCCCGGAUCGCUCCACUGUCGGCCGCAUAUUGAAGAGCGCCAAGCAAUGGGCUGUCACGGCACCCGGCGACAACCAAGUGUGCCGUCGAGGUGGCGCAUGGCCUGAGCUGGAGCAGGCCAUGGCGCGGUGGAUCGCAAACGCAGGGCCCGCUGGCGUGCCUCUGACGCUGCAGACCAUCCGCGACCACGUCGCAACGAUGGCACGGAACAUGGGCAUUCCGCCCACAUUCCGCUGCUCCAUCGGCUGGUUAUUCACACAUUUCAUAUCACAACUCAAUGCUGCGAUGUACGCCGAAGGUCGCAAGAUCGUGGUGCUGCUCAACAACGCGAGCAACCACAUGCUCCGCUUAGAGCUCGCAUGGAGCGAGAUCGUCUGCGGCAUGCGGACGACCUGCAUGAGCAAUGUGCGGCUGGUCUUCCUGCCGCCGAAUACCACCGCAUUCACACAGUCGCUCGAUCAGGGCAUCAUCGCCACCGCAAAGGCCCGCUACCGACAGCAUUGGCUGCGGGCCUUCUCGGCUUUGUGGAACGCCGACGGUGCGACUUCCGCCGUCGCGCGUUUUCGCACGAACUUGCGCGAUGUCCUCACGUGGCUGUCGGACGCGUGGACCUCUGUCGGCGCGCGCACCAUUCAACGGUGCUGGUGGCGCACGGGGUGUCUGCCGCUCUCGUGGUCCGUGGAGAUGACGCAUGUAUACGACGACAAGCCCACCCCCGCUUUCUACCCUGACAUCGAGCUCGACGACGACAUCGACGAUGUCGGGACGCUCAUUAGCGGGCUCGCAUUCGGGAAUGCGGCGAUGACGGCCGCAGAGUACGUCGCCAUCGACGACGGCGAGCCAACGUCGGCCGAGGGCGCUGCGGAACAGCCUACGACUGAGCCGGAGGCGGGCCUGGAGGUGGAGCUCUGGCAGGCGCCGACGACCAUGCAAGCCGUCUACGAUGACGCCGACCCCGUGGGACGCGAAGCGCGGCGCACUGCCCGGGCGGCAUGCGAGAUGCUCAUCGGAUAUGCACGGGCCACCCGCAUCACGCCCCGCGAUCUGUGCCAUCUGUUCGAUAUCCGCAACCCCAUCAUAAUCGCGCGGAUGGAGCGAGCGAACCCGUCGUUCAACCUGAACGUGGCGCCUCAGCCUGUACCCUCCCCGGGCGCAACUCCCACGCCCGAGACCCCUCGUCCGCGCGGCCGUGUGCUGCCCGGCUGGAUGACCCGUCCGUCUCGCCGUCAGCAGCUGCUUGACGCCGGUGUGGGCGCCGUGAUGGACGGGUAUGUGGACGCGGCUGAGUGGAUGCGUCUGUGA